CCGGGGCCGGCGGGGGCUGCGGAGGAGGAGCCGUGCGAUGGCGGGUGAGGCGGCGGCCGGCGGCGGGGAUCCGGGAGCCGGCGCGGGGCAGCCACUGCGGGUGCCCCCAUGAACGAGCGUCGCGGCCGGGGCUGCCGGGACACCGCGGGGCACCAUGAGAGCGGGCCACGAGCGGAGCCAGGAGUGCCUCCCGCCAAAGAAGCGCGAACUGCCCGCUGCCAGCACCGGCGCCGAGGCGGCGCAGGCGGGGGGCGCGCAGGCCUCGGGCGAGGGCCCCGAGUGGGCCCGGACGGCAGGGCUGGGUCCCGCGGCGCUGCGCUACGGCCCCGGCGAGGCCGCCGAAGCGGUGGCGGGGCUGACGGUGGACCAGUACGGGAUGCUCUACAAAGUGGCGGUACCACCCGCCACCUUCUCUCCUACGGGUCUGCACCCCGUGGUGAAUGUGAGCCCCCUGCCCCCUGCCUUCAAUGUGACCUCACCAAUAAUCCAGCACCCGGGGGUGCCCUACCCCCCCAUCCACUAUGCGCAGAUCCCUCCGGCGUCCCUGCAGCUCAUCGGCUCGCAUUACACAGUGCCCUACGCUGUCCCUCCUGGCUUCCUGCCUAGUCCCCUCCUAUCUCCUUCCACCAACCUCAGCACCUCUCAUGUCCCCCACUUUGUGCCAUAUGCCUCUCUCUUCACGGAAGAAGCCGCUCCUUCCCCUCAGACUACCUCUCCUACCCACACUUUCAACAAAUCUGCUUCUGCGGUCCCUCCUGGCCAGACGCAGCACCAUGCCGGGACACAGCCCUUGGAUAUUGCUCCAGGCAGAAUUCCUGUUUAUUAUCAGAUGUCCCGCCUCCCACCAGGGUACUCAGCCUAUGAGACCCCUACAGCAGGUGCAAGCCCAGAGUCUCCUCAGCAAGACAGUCAGCUGAGCUCAGAGGUAGCUGCUGCCAAUGGUGGACAGAGACAUCUGGAGCAUAAUGUGGCAAGGAGGACCAGUGAGGCUGUGGACUCUGCCAGCCAUAAAGCUGAAGACCCUGUGCCAGGUGCUGCAGUGGGAUGUGCGGUUGAUGGACAGUUCCUUUCAGGUUACCAGACACUGGGAACAGAGAUCUCUGUGCCAGCUCACAGAAGCACCCCAGACACUGAUCUGGAGGUUCAGAGGGUGGUGGGGGUGUUGGCAUCUCAGGAUUAUCAUAUUCUGGCAGCCCAGAGGAAAGAUAACCCAAGUCCUUUAAACCUUUGCCAUAAUAUCCCUGAUCAUCAGAAGGAGUCAAAGGAUGCGCUGAGUAACACAGGGGAAAGGGCUGCUGCUGAGAAAAGCCAGUCCAGGAGUCCAUACAUAACGUCCCCUGAAGAGCCCGUUAGACAGAGACAAUUAACCAAAGGAGUGGUGAUAGCCAAUGGCAAGCCAGUCCUGGUCCCUGCUGGAGAUGAGCCCAUCAGGUCUUCCACUUCAGAAACCCUGGUGAGGCAGAGCCCGGAUGCACAGGCUCAAGGAAGUGUGCUGGAAAAGGACCCGGCCCAGCUGCAGCCACGCAGCUCCUCACACCUGCCCUCUCACUUCAUGAAAGGAGCCAUCAUCCAGCUGGCUACAGGGGAGCUGAAGCGGGUGGAGGACCUGCAGACCCAGGACUUUGUUCGCAGCGCGGAGGUGAGCGGGGGCCUGAAGAUUGACUCCAGCACCGUGGUGGAUAUUCAGGAAAGCCAGUGGCCUGGGCUUGUCACGCUACAUUUUGUGGUUGGGGAGCAACAAAGUAAAGUGAGCAUUGAUGUGCCCCCAGAGCAUCCCUUCUUUGUGUAUGGCCAGGGCUGGUCCUCCUGUAGCCCGGGGCGGACUGCUCAGCUCUUUGCUUUGCCCUGUCACAGGCUGCAAGUGGGUGAUGUCUGCAUAUCAAUCAGUUUACAGAGCGUGAAUGGCAACUCCGCUUCUCAGGCUAACCACCCUCUCACAGACCAGUUGAUAGCUGCCAGGGAGAGACCUGAAAGAAGAGCUCAGGGGUCCAGAGAGCUGUCUGAGAGAGCUGCUGAAAGGAAGAGCCACACAGAUAGGGAGAGUGCAGCCCAGAGCUCUCAUGCAGAACCCUCUCAGCCUGAGACUGGCAAUCAGUACAGCUGGACAGCCCCAGGCUUCCAAAGAUACAGCACGCAGGCAGAGGAGCCUCGGCCCUCCCUGCUCCGUCCCUCUUUCAUUCCCCAGGAGGUCAAGCUGUCCAUUGAAGGGCGUUCUAAUGCAGGGAAGUGACCCUUUUGGGGCAUGAGCUCGGGCAUCCCCUGUAGGUGAGCCUCACCAUCCUGUGGAGAAGUUGCACAGACUUUGUGACAGGUUCACCAGCAAGGCUGCUUUCUGCCCUGCAGGACUGGAUCUACUCCAGUUCAGUGGCUGACCAGUUCCUCUUGGGGAAUCAAGGGGGCUCCAGUGCCUCAGGGAGCAGCAACAGGCUGGCUGGAGUAGAGAACAGGGAUGUGCUCGUGAGCUUGUGAUCAGAGCAUUCCAGAGGCUGGGGCUUUCUCAUGUCUCUCUGAAUGGUGGAUUCCCUGCAGGGCAGGGUCCAAGCAUUCAGGAUAGGUGAGAAGAUGAGGAGGGCAGACAUGGCUUAAGGUAGCAGAUAAAAUUGCUGAAGAUUUUAUUCCUCCUUUCUCAUGACAGGGAGAGAUGGGUCUCCACUGGAGUUGAGGGGGCUCUACUCCCAGUAUUCCUUUUCUUCACACAUGCACUUUAAAAGGACCGUUCACCAAUGGAGCUCUUGAGGGCAGGAGGGAGAUGCUCUGGUGGUUCUGUUUAAUGUCUCUUCCACUGAAUCCAACCGCUCUUUCUUCUUGCAAAGAAUGUACAGAUUUGAGUGAAUGACAGAAAUUCAAGAGGAAGGACCAAAAGGAUGGGUUUGGGUGUAGGCGAACAGGGAACUUGAGCACUUGGGAUGGGACACAACUUGGGACGGGAGAUGGUAGUUUCCUGCCAUAAAAUACAUUUAAUUAAUUGCCACCAAAUCCAGUCUUUCUUCCCACAUUAAUAACUAAAAACAAAAAUAUCUCUUGGGCUUACAGCUUUUGCAGAGGCUCGGCCUAUGGAUGAAUGGCGUUGGGUUUGGGGGUUGGGCUGUUUAAAGCUGGAGUGGAAUAUGCUCAGCAUUCUCUAGGCAAGGAUGGAAACACAGCUUGCUGCUUGUUCUUUUUUUUUUUUUCUGUGAGAAGACCAAGACUAUUUUGUAAUUAAAUCAGGAGAAAACUUCCCAGAUGGCUAACUCUUCCCUGCAGGCAGUUUCCUGAGAAAGCUGUAGACAAGAGAUGACUGUGCAUGUGCAGGCAAGGUGCAAAGUACAUUUCUAUGAUUAACAUAGGGACUCUACAAAUACCAGGGCACCACAGGGCAUUUGGGGUGGUUUUGUGUUAGUUUUUCCGAAGCAUCGCUUUGGAGUUGCUCUGUAGAACAACGCGGUAAAAUCAAGAGUGUUCGUUUUCAUGGUGAGAUUUGAUACAAAUAUAUAUGAAUACCUCGUUAUGGUAAUGACACUCCACUCAAGUGAAGACUCCCGCAGUUACACUAAUUUGCCCUCUCUGAUGGUGUGUUAUGACACCAGCUCUAACUGCUUAGCUAGAAUAAAACACAGUCGCUGUUACGUUGAGGAUAAGGGUCUCCACUGAGUUAACAUGAAGUACUCCCUGCGUUAAGGUGCCCGUCGCUCUGCCAAGACCAGGCCUUUGGGAGGGUUUCUCUGCAGCAUGCAGGUCCCUGCCAGAGUCCCGGUUCUGCUCCUGAUGUUCACAUACUGCUUUCCCUCUCCUUUCUCUCAUCUCCCUGAGGUUUCUGUCAGGCCAUUCUGUGGGGCACUGCCUUCUCCCUGCGUGGCUCGUGUUGACACCUCUCCUUAGCGCGCUGUGCUUUGGUCAGCUUGCAGUAGUGGUGCCUCAGGGCAGUUCUGCACGCUCUCCAGGAAUGUGCCCUGUAAUUUGUUGGCUUUGGUUGGCUGUGUGAUGGAGGAGUGCUCUGCCUGGGUGUCAGGCAAAUGAGAGAGUCUCCAGAGUGUCCCUUCCAUCCAGGCCGUCAGUCCGUUCUAGCACCUUGCUAGCUAUUUCUGUUGCCUUUGCACCAGGACAGUUUCUUGUCAGGCCUUAGGUAAGAUAUGUGCUACCACACCUUCAGUGUUUGUGCCUCACAGGGGAUUCUCUAGCACGAGGAUGCUGCCUGUGUCAUGUGUAGCUUUCCCUGAACAACACACUGCUUCUGAUGGCAUCAGCUGCGUUUGCAAUGUGUGAAGUCAUGGCGAUGUUGUCCUGUGGAGGUUCUGCCUCCUUGGCCGCAGCAGCUGUGGGAACAGAUGCUGCUUCCGUGGCACCAUUUUCAGUGAAAUGUGCUGUCUGGGCCCAGAUGCCUGAGCCCAUAACCUUGUGUUUCACAGUUGCUGUUCAUCAGACUCUCCUACGCCAAGACCUUGAUUAUUGUUGGUUAGUACUUAAUGCUCAGGAUAUCCAGUGUCUGUGGCUGAAGGCAGAGGGCAGAGGAGCCUAGGUUCUCUUGCCUGUUCUUUGCAUGAUGCAUGCAGAGGAAUUCAGAGCUGUGGCAGGCAGCUAAGAAAGGGAUCUUGCAUGCGUAUGGCAUGUGAAUGACAGGCUGGUUGCACACAUAGAAGGAACGUCUGAGCAGCUGAAGGGUGCAGAGCCCUUCCUGUGCAGCUCUGAACGCAGAAGUCUGUCUUUUACAGAGUGGGUUUGGAAAGGCUGCCUUAUCUCAUGUGUGUUACUGUAAUAGUCCCAGAUCUCAGCCACUCUGGACAGUGGCCUGAAAGGGCAGGCACUGCUUGUGUGAGGCAGGAUGCCGUGUGGCUGAACCAGCUCUGUGCUGUAGGCAGCUGAAAGGCUGUGAAGGUGCUCACUCUGCUCUCUGGCUGCUGGCCUGGACUUUGGAGAGCUGCACAUUUGUUGAGUGUGGCUCUGAGCUCUGUGGAACAGGCCAGGGGGAAUUUGACCUUGGUGCUUCUAUCCAGAUUCUCUCAGUCUCACUCUUCUGUACGUUUCAGCUCUUUUGUGGAAGCAGCGUUUUGGGGCACAUCUCAUGGCGGGGCAUUGAGAUGAAGAAUCUGGGCAUCUGGCUGCUUGCCCCAGAGGCAGCCCUCUAUCCUUUCCUAGCAGGACUCUUAAUCACUGGAAUCUGUUCUUACUGGGUUGAGCUGUGUUGCUCAGCACCCGUGGUGGUGGCUGUGCUGAGCAUCGAGGCUCUCCUGAGAUACGGAGUGUGUGAGAGGAUCUGCUGUAGGCAGAGGCUGCGAGUGAGCCCACGGAAGAGGCUUUCAUUUCUUAGGUUUACAGGGAAAGGAGGAGAUAAAGCCAGGAAGACAUUGUGGAAUGAGAUGGUUAUCUGGGCUUUUCUGCUGGCAGAGAUGUGACAGGCUUCUUGGAGAAAUACACUGUUUUCCUGCUGCUAUUGUGACAGGAGGGAGGGCUGUGGGCUGUCCUACUCAGAGGAGGAAGCGGCGGCAGCCUCCUGGGCCUCGGUCUUACCCAGCUCACACUCUGUGGCAAGAGUCUGUUGGAUGCAAUAAUGAGUGUCUGUAGCCAUCUGUCCCAUCUCGUGAAACAUUCCUUGGGUCAGCUGCCCGCAGAGGCCAGGCUGGCUCUCAGCUGUGCAUACACUGUCGCUCCAGGAACGUGAGACUCGCUCCACGAAACGAGUGCUCGUCACUACCCGACUAUGCAGAGGAAGCUCUGUCUGGAGAAGAGGAGAGUUGCAGAGGCCACUCUGUCUCCCCUUCCCAGCAGCUGCGCAAGUAUAAUGCACUUUUCACGUUAAGUGUCCCCGUCUCCCCUGUCCCCACCUUACACUUGAAGCCACUUUCCCCCAUAGAGAACUAACAAUCUGUCGCUCAGAAAAUAUUGUAGAAGAAACUACAGCAGCUUGAGUAUCCCAAAUGCUAGUUCCUGCCCACAGCAGUACAUGUGCCUUUCCCUAGCGUCACUCACAACUGCUCUUUGUCUUUCAGGCUGUCCUAGGGCCUGAAACUUUGCAGAAGCUGCUAAGAUGGCUACGAAUGCACAUUCUGUACAGAGUUUGGCCCAGGGUGUGUUCCA